UUUGGUGUGGCGGGGUGGUGUUGUUUCGGUCGCGGUCGAUUUAUAGAAAUACUUUUUUGAAAUUAAUUAUCUUGUUAAUUCCUCAAACAUUUCAAUAUUUCAAUGUGGCAGUGCAGUACCUAAUGAUAUUCGCAAAUAGUUACUUUAUAAGUCCUAAGCUAUGAUAUUCAGUGAUUCCUGACUGCCGAUUUAUUUUUGAGUCGCCGCCACGCGUGAAGAUGGCUGGAAGCACGACGGGGGCGCUGCUAUACGCGGUGACCGCGGCCGUGCUGGGCAUGCUACAGUUCGGCUUCAACACCGGCGUCAUCAACUCCCCGCGCACCUUCAUCGAGCUCUUCAUUGCCGAGCACUACAACGCCUCCCCCAGCCUGCUCUUCGGAGUGGUAGUCAGUAUCUUCGCCAUCGGAGGCAUGAUCGGCUGCCCCCUCGCCAGCUGGCUGCAAGAAAAGCGCGGACGCAAACAAGCCCUCCUCCUCAACGCUGCUUUCGGAGUCAUCGGCGCAGUCUUCAUGGGCUUCAGCAAAACCGCCACCUCCGUUGAAAUGCUCAUCAUCGGAAGAUUCCUUAUCGGCAUCAACUGCGGAUUCGCAACCACUGCUUCGCCGACCUACGUGUCAGAAAUAGCGCCCGUCAGACUUCGCGGGGCGUUUGGAACUGUCAAUCAGUUGGCGGUCGCUUUCGGUUUGGUCGGCGGACAGAUUCUGGGAAUAGGGCCGAUACUUGGCAACAACGAAGGUUGGCCGUGGCUGCUGGGGCUGGCUAUCAUACCGUCCAUGCUCCAGUGUGUAAUGUUGCUGUUCGCGCCGGAAUCUCCGCGGUAUCUCCUUCUUGUUCGACGUGACGAGCAACAGGCCAGGGAAAUGCUCACCAAACUCCGAGGGAGUGACGACAUCGAAGACGAAAUUAACGCCAUGUAUGUCGAAGACCGCGCAGAGAAACAGGAACAGCAGUUCAGUAUUCCGGAUCUCGUCAAGAUAAAGGCCCUGCGUACCCCCCUGCUCAUCGGCGUCGUCAUGCAUUUGUCUCAGCAAUGGGGAGGUAUUAACGCUGUUCUGUACUAUUCCACAACGAUAUUCAUGGAUGCUGGACUGGAUGAAGACUCGGCGAAGUAUGCUUCGAUUGGUGUUGGUAGUAUUCUGUUUAUAAUGGCUCUCGUGUCCAUUCCCCUGAUGGACAGGUUGGGGCGCCGGACGCUGCAGUUGGGCGGCCUCGGUGGCAUGGCUGUGUUCUCAAUCCUCAUGACGGUGGCAUUGACAAACAAAGCUAACUCAACGAUGAGUAUAUUUGCCGUUAUUUUCACAUUGUUAUACGUGGCCUUCUUCGGCGUGGGGCCGAGCUCAAUUCCUUGGAUGAUUUUGUCGGAACUGUUCGGGCAAGGUGCUCGGAGCGCCGCCGUCAGUGUUGGAGCCCUGGUCAACUGGUUUGCCAACUUUAUAGUCGGUUUGACCUUCAUUCCUAUGAACGACGCUCUUGGGGACUACGUGUUCAUUCCGUUCACGAUACUUCUCGUUCUGUUCUUCAUCUUCACUUACUUCAAGUUGCCAGAGACGAAGAAUAAAACUAUUGAAGAAGUGACAGCUCUCUUUAAAUAAUAACGACAGGCAUAAGUAAGAUGCAUUCCUUAGACGUAAGCGUAACUAUUAUUGCAAUAAGCCUACACUACUAAUUGUGAUAGUAUUUUUUGUUGGAAUAUGGUUGUUCGGUGGUAGUUGAUGAAACGUGAAAUUUAUUUGAUAGGUUUUUUAAAAAUUGCACAUGAAAUCAUGGUCUAUGAAUCAUUUUAUAAGUGUAGCUAGUAAGUAAUUGAAAAUUUUUUUCAACUAUCGUCGAAUUUCUAGUUGAAUUUAUUCUAUGUAGAACAUAAUAGACAUUCUACAUUGUACUCGUCUAUCUGUUUCGCAUAAAAUUAGUAAGACUGAACACCUCACUUAUAUGAAGUUAUUCGAUAUUUGUAAUAAAAGUACUUAUUAAAUUAGUGCUAAUAAUAUUAGACGAUUUCUGUUCAACGUUUUAGAAGCAAAUUCACAUAAUUUAAGAAUUAUUAUUAUUAUCUUUAGAAUUGAACUAAUCGAAAUUUCUUAUAAAAUAACCUAACCAGAUUUCACAUUCUAGGGUUUGAGGACCAACUUUUUGAUUUCUUUACCAGUUUUCUUCAUAUUUAAGCUUAAAUAAGUUUUGUGGACUUUGUUAACUAUUUGAUAGAUUUUGUUUAUGUUUUGGUGUUUGUUUUAAUUUAUACUUCUCUACACCAGUGCCUUAGAUCUAUAGAUUUAUUUAUUUCAAUCUUCACUUGCGCCCGGUGUAAGUUUGCAAGUUAAGAACGAAUUAAAAAAUGUUUCCUAUGGAAAAUGUAUUUGUUUUUUACAUUUAUCUUUGUGAACUUAUAUUGGGUGCCCUAUAUUAUAAACUGUAUCGUAUUCAUAAUAAGAAAUUCUUAUUCUUUUUAAGAAUGAAGAUAAGUUAUGAAUAUUUAUCGAAUUUUAGAAUGUAAUUUUCGGGUUUUUUAUUUAUAAUCACAGAAUUUUGUUUAAUUGUUGAGUGAUGUACAUAAAGGAUACUAUAUGCACAUUUUAUCCUAAGUUUAUUGAUAGAUUUAUGUCAAGAUAUUCAGUUCAAACCAAAUUAUGUACCUAUUAUAAAACUGUUUUUUUUUUCAAUAAAUGGGUGAACAUCAAAAUGUGUCAAGUUUGGUGGUGAACUGUCAUAUAAUUUUUUCGUGAAAAAUUGGGGAAAUUGGGAAAAUUGGGAAUUGAAAAAUUCCUUUUUCAUGUCGGAACCGAGGAUCCUUUUGGAUCUUUUUCAUGUCGGAACCCAAUUUUUCACGAAAAAAUAAUAUGAAAUUUCGCCACCAAACUUGAAAUUUUGAGAUUCAACCAAAUGAUGUAUGGUCUGCUACCGUCCUAGUACCAACUAGUACACUUAGUGCCAACUGUAAAUCUAGAAUACAAAUAACGUGUAAAGUUAAACAGUAUGAUGAAAAUAAUACGAUAAAAUAUUGUAAAACAUACAGCGGCAUUUUUUGGAAAGAAGUAUGCGCGCAAUGCCAACAAAUAUCAAAUAGCAAUUUAGAUGAAUUGCUUCAACGUGUUUUUUUAGAGCCCCAGUUUUCAAUUUCUCAAUGAAAGACUUUCCAAUCGGCGUUCCCCAAAAACAUGAUAGAUGGCGUUGUUAAGUUUUUUCUUCGUUUAAACUUUUAAUUUCACGUAUAACAGACAUAUGCAUAUUUUAUCUUUGUUUUUGAGUAUAAAUGACGACCCUUUUUAUUACGCCAAGGUACAAUUGCAACUUCCACCCAUUAUUAUUGUGAGCAAUAUCUCU